CUUCAUCCAGUCUCGCUCUUACACUCAACCAACAACCAUGUCUCACACCUCCUCUCUCCUCCACCCUCUCCACUCCCUCAAACUCUCCACCACCGCCACCGGCGCCGCCGCCGCUGCCGCCACCACCACCUUCCUCCAUGGGACCACCCCGCUCUCUCUCCUCGCGAAGCCCGCCUCCCUCUCGCUCCCCGCGUCCCGCCCGCCCGUCACUUCCCUGCCCCCCAUCCGGGCCAUGCGCACCCUGCAGGGCCGCGUCGUCUGCGCCACCAGCGACAAGACCGUCGCCGUCGAGGUCACCCGCCUCGCCCCACACCCCAAGUACAAGCGCCGCGUGAGGAAGAAGAAGAAGUACCAGGCCCACGACCCCGAGAACCGGUUCAAGGUCGGCGACGUCGUCCAGCUCGAGAAGAGCCGCCCCAUCAGCAAGACCAAGACCUUCCUCGCCGUCCCGAUCGCCGCCAGGAACGUGAGGGCGGUGAGCAAGAGCGGCGGGGAUGGGGAUGGGGAUGGGGAUGGGGAGGGCGAGCUUGGCCUGCCGUUGGAGUCGCAGGGUCAGCAAUAGGGUUGGAAUUUGAGGUUCAUUGUCGGAAAUUCUCGCUGCUUAAGCAUGAAUUCUUUCUUUCCCUUUUUCCGAAUUCCUGUUAUCUGUAAUGUGCUGAAUUGUAUUUCGACGAACUUCGUGAUUGAGUAUAGUGGAAUUUGGAUCUGAAUUGAGCUGCGUAA